ACACCUCUUUCAUUAUUAUAUGAUUUUGCAGUUGUUAGAGAUGUUGAUGAACAACAUUGGAGAACAUAUUCAUAAACAGGUGAUUGAUGCAGGGAUUCUCCCUAUUCUUGUGAAGAUAGUGAAGAAAAAGUCAGAUAUGCCAGUACGAGAGAGGGUAUUCCUUCUUCUAGAUGCCACACAGACCUCUCUUGGCGGUGCUUCUGGAAAGUUCCCCCAAUACUAUAAUGCUUAUUAUGAAUUGGUGAGUGCAGGCGUACAGUUUCCUCAAAGAUCUAAUACUGUACCACCAAGUCAUCCUUCUUCACAAGUAAAGGAGAGUAGUACGCUUAAUAGAGAACUUGCCGCCUCUAGACAUGAAGCGAGUGCUCUUGCUCCACAGCCAGAGAAUGUUCCGGAAUCUAGUAUCAUUCAGAAGGCUAGUAAUGCAUUGGAGGUUUUGAAAGAAGUCCUCGAUGCAGUUGAUUCUCACAAUCUGGAGGGUGCAAAGGAUGAGUUUACACUUGAUCUUGUAGAACAGUGUUCUUUCCAAAAGCAGCGAGUCAUGCAUCUUGUAAUAACUUCUCGGGAUGAGAAGGUGGUUUCUCGAGCAAUUGACUUGAAUGAGCAGCUCCAGAAAGUUCUCACAAGACAUGAUGCCCUUCUCUCGGGUAGGUCUAUGCCAACUGCCAAUAGACCUACCCCAACUGCCAAUCAUUUUAACCAUGAGGAUCCCUAUCUCUCGGCUAGGUCUACGUCAACUGCCAAUCAUGUUAAUCAUGAAGAAGAGGAAGAAGAGGAGGCUGAGCAGCUUUUCCGAAGGAUACGAAAAGGAAAAGCAUGUGCAAGGCCUGAAGAUGAUGAGGACUCAGUAGAGCGACCUCCGUUGGGCUUCUUUGGAUCUGCAAUUCCGGCUGAUAGACUGAACCGACCACUUAUACGUCCAGUGCAGGCAGAUCCACCACAUGAAACUAAUGCACACUCUCCAACGGUUGUGCUUCCUCCUCCACCUGCAAAACAUGUCGAGAGGGAGAAGUUCUUUCAAGAGAAAAAGGUUGACGGUUCUGGUGUUGCUGGUCACAUGAGGGGCCUCUCAUUACACAGUCACGACGCCAGCAGUUCUCGCAGUGGAAGCCUAGACUUUAGUGAAUGACAGCCGAAAAGAGAGAGAUUUAUUUGUUAAAUGGGUUAUGUGGUUUGUAAUUUAAUGAUGCAAGGGCUGGUGUUUUUCAUUUUUUUUUUUUCAGUGUCUGGUGUUGUUAGGGUUAAGCAUAUAGUUGAAUACUUCCAUAUAAAGAGUAUUUGUUUUAGUUAUAAAGGUUCUUUGUCUCA